AUGGUUCGGAGGAAGCUCAUCUUUGCGACUCUGCCCGCUUUGGGCCAUGCACUUGCGGUUUCGACAGCGGAAAUGGGUAUCAGCAGGCGCGAAAAUGGGCCUUUGGAACGACGUGAGAUUGGAAUCAGGGCGAUGUGCUCCUGGGAACUGCCAUCGAGCGCAAUCAUUCGAGAUCAACUCUAUAUUAACGGCGGAAGGCUAAAACGCGCUAAUAUCACGGGCACUGGUGCCCCACAAAUAGAAGUCAACGACAUACCAACAUUGUCGUAUUACCUAAAUCUGGGGACUGGCUUCAAUACCACAGAGGUACCCUUUCAAACGAUAGAUACUCCCUUUGCCCAGGUCACGGCUGGGUUCAUGGCAGCGAAUGAUAAUAGCUUUUGGCUUUAUGGUGGGCUUUUAGCUGACACGGACUCUAUCCAAUCGUUUCCUGCGGACGACAACGUACAAGUCUUCGACGUGUACAGGCAGGGCCCAGAAAGGAUUUGGCAGCGAGGCUGGCAGGUCGGGCCCGUUCUCUCAAACGACGUCAACCGCUAUGUCGCAGGUGGUGCUGGAGUCAAUGUCAGAGAACUGAACACUACUUACUAUUUUUCCGGGGCCAGGAAUAAAAAUUGGGGAGAAAUCCGUGGUCCUGGUCCUCGUCCACGAUAUAGCCCCAAUGUCACAUCUUCCCAGUUCAUAUCUGCCGACUUAUCGGAACAGGUCCGGACAAAAUGGACCAAUACGACUUUGCCAACCCCGGCACGUCCAAGAGUAAAUGCAGAAAUGGUUUACGUCCCAGCUGGAAAGCUCGGCGCCCUCGUCGUUAUUGGGGGCGUUACCAGAGCCGAGUGGCAAUCUGAGAGCCCAGAUGAGGACCCAUCUGUCUAUCAGGCCGCCCUGAAUAGAGCAGUCGCGACCGGCCCAAAUUUCCUCCAGACUAUUGACAUAUACGACAUUAAUGACAAACAAUGGUAUCUCCAGAAUACAACCGGUGAUAUCCCCCCAACUGGCCUCGCACAAUUCUGUGCAACUGUAGCUACCUCUGAGGACGGAAAGUCUCACCACAUUUACAUCUACGGAGGCUACCCUGGGCAGUCGCUGACUCGUCCCAUCCCCUAUUAUGACGACGUCUACGUCCUUUCCAUUCCAGCGUUUGAAUGGAUUAAGGUCCUAGACGGUUCGCCCUCAACCGCACGUAAAGGUCACAGAUGCGUCAAACCACUUCCCGACCAGAUGUUCAUUAUCGGAGGCGCCCCAUCAAGUCCGAGCAGAUGUAUCGACAUAGUUCGUGUCCUCAACCUCAACAAACUUGAGUUUAUGAGCGCUUAUGACCCAUCGGUUUACGAACAAUACAAGGUUCCACAACCCAUCAGAGAUGUUGUCGGCGGAGAUGAGAACGGGUCGGCUACAAAAACGGCUUCCAGAUGGGCAGCUCCAACUCUCGAGGCAAUGUUCGUCACUGAAUCGCCUCCCCAAAGAGCGGCCACAUUUUACCCAUAUCCUUCCGAGCCUGCCAAUAGCACUCCUUCCGUCAGCAUUAUACAGACAAAAUCAGAGACGCCCAAGUUUGUUUACCCAGUCGUAGCAGUCUGUAUUGUGGUUGUUCUAGCCAUUGUAGGGGGUUGUAUCGCCUUCUUCUGCAUCCGGCGCAGGAAGCAGCGGAAAGCAGCUAAGGACGCAGGAAAUGAGCAAUUCCAAAACCAAGAGAAAGACACCAAGGGCGCCGCAUAUCCGGAAUAUCCAGCCGAUCCGCAGCAACAAUAUGGCAGUUACGGUAGCAUGUCGACUAUCGCACCCGCCUACGCCACUGGAGAUCAGUAUUCUGGUAACCCGCAGAUAAUUUUCGAACUACCAGCCGAACCAAAAGGCCCAGUUGAACUCGACGCUGGUGCUGUCGACUAUGCUAAACUCGGGGUUAUUGACGAAAACCGAGCCAAUGAUGCUUUCUCUAUCGUCCCUACACCUGCCACUGAACGAUCCGACCCUAUUUCUGCUGCUUCCCGCAAUGCUAGUACAAGAACCCGCCGCUCAGUUUUCUCCGAAGCCACAAGUCCUAUCGACAAUAUUCCGGGUAGUGUCUCCCCUCUGACUCCUGACCCCGAAAUCGCAGGCAACCCGGGCGAAACCCCUAUUACACCCGCCGAGUUCAGUUGGUGGCGAAAACAAAGCUUCCGGGGUGGCGCCGUUGCCCGAAAGCUCAGCAACUUUAGUAUCAAGACAAUCUCUAGGACAAAUACAGGACUUAGCAGGAGCAACACAGCACAAGCUACUAACACCACUCCUCCAACUACAGUAGCUCCAACUACAGUAGCUCCAACUACAGUAGCGCCAACUACAACUCCUGCCGAUGUUACGCCUCCGGAACCUACGACGCAGGAACAGGCUACUGCCAGUAGCGCGGAGCCUGCCAACAAUACUACCGAAGAAGCAGCUCCCACCCCUCCACCUGCUCCGACGACUACAACUACGACUACGACAACAACGAAUACGAACUGA